CUCUCUUAAACACUCAUGUACACAUACAUACGGCAACUCUCCACAGGAAAAGCUGGAGACAGAAUGCGUAGCCCCUUCACAGCAGCUUUGGUGCGUCGUGCAGUCCAAAUGGGAUCCUGCUAUACUUUGAUAGUUGCUUAAUUACUCAUAUGAUACCAAACAGAUGUCUCAGGGGCUCUAGCUGAAUUCUCGUCUCACUAACUCACUGACUGACUGACUGACGGGACCCUGGGGAAGGCAGACAGUUAAGGAGCGCUGUGGUAAAGAGCACAAACCCGACUCUUAUCAACAAAUCUGGAAAUCAAAGCAAGAACUAUAGUUAAGCAAUGGGCUCUACAACACUAUAUGUGUUUUUGCUAAUGGCCAUCGUGGUCACUGGUGGAAUAUGUCAGUUAAACAGCACAGUGGAGCUUCAGGACUCUUUCCUUCAAAACUCCACUACCUCUAAAACUAACAUCCAUAUGGGUCUCCAGCCUGCCGCUCAGCCCACCUCAAGAAAAACCCUGAAGGGUAAUAACACCAUACCUAGUGGCCCUCCAUCCUGCAAGUCUCCCACCUCCAUCAAGCUCUGUUUCAAGUAUAUUAACACAAUUAUUUCUUGUGCUGUGUUUGUGGUGGGAAUGGUGGGUAAUGCCACAUUGCUGAGGAUUAUAUACCAAAACAAGUGUAUGAGGAAUGGGCCCAAUGCCCUCAUUGCCAGCCUGGCUAUUGGAGACCUUAUCUACAUCAUUGUAGACAUCCCUAUCAUCGUCUACAAGUUACUUUUCACAAAAUGGCCAUUUGAUGACAGCUCCUUUGGUCUUUUCCUGUGUAAGCUGGUCCCCUUCCUCCAGAAAGCAUCUGUGGGGAUUACAGUACUCAAUUUGUGUGCUUUGAGUGUGGACAGAUACAGGGCUGUAGCCUCCUGGAGCAGAGUGCAAGGGGUAGGAAUUCCCCUUUUCACUGCCAUUGAGAUUGUCUCCAUCUGGGUCCUGUCCAUUAUCCUGGCUGUGCCAGAGGCAGUGGUCUUCAACAUGCACCCCUAUACCUACAACAACCAAACCAUUCACAUAUGCAUGAUCAAGCCUGAAGCAAGUUUCACUAUGUUCUAUGUAGAAUGGAAAGACUGGUGGCUAUUUGGCUUUUACUUCUGUGUGCCGCUGGCCUGCACAGCCAUUUUCUACACCCUCAUGACAUGUGAAAUGCUCAACCACAGAAACGGAAGCCUUCGGAUUGCCCUCAGUGAACACCUCAAACAGCGACGUGAGGUGGCUAAGGCAGUCUUCUGUCUAGUGCUGAUCUUUGCUCUUUGCUGGUUCCCCCUGCAUCUCAGCAGACUCCUGAAGAAAAUGGUUUACGUUCCAAAUGAUGAAAGACGUUGUGAUCUUCUCAACUUCCUGUUGAUCAUGGAUUAUUUUGGCUUAAACUUGGCCACUGUCAACUCCUGCAUCAAUCCCAUUAUCCUCUACUUCGUCAGCAAGAAGUUCAAGAAUUGCUUUAAGUCCUGCCUGUGCUGCUGGUGUUACACCAAGAACCAGGUGUCCAGCUCUGGCCCCGUGAACGGCACCAGUAUUCAGUACAAAAACCAUGAGCCCUGCAACCUCAAUACCAACAGAAGCCUUCGUAAAGACAGCGACUGAUCAGUGAGCGUGGAGAACAGCCAGCCAGUCUACAAUCAUGCUUAAAGCAUAUUAUAAAAAAAAGACAUCUGACAGCAUCAAUCUUUGAUGUGUAUAACACUGUAAUGAUUUGUAUGACAGAAACUAGAGGCCUUUCGUACUCGGCACAGUUUGAGGCUGGUUUUAUAUAUAGCCACAGACUAGACAAUGGACCUGAUAUAUUUAAAGUCUUCCGCAGACCCAGAGCAGCUGUUCCCAUAGACUCUCGGUGUUGUUUUUCUGUAUGAGAAGAGGUGGGAGUGAAGAGCAACAGCAACAGGAUGCCGCUAAACAUUACAACCACAAAUUAAUCCUCAUCCGGAGCUUGACGUAGUUUUCCUACGCAAACACUUCGCCAUGAAAGCGCUUUGAAUUGUCACUGUCCAAUGUGAAAGGAAGUUGCAGAAAGGAAGAGUGAAGUGGUUUGUGUCAAUAUCUUUUCUGUGUGCUCUUUUCUAUGAACUUUGCCGAAGAAAUUCCUUGCAUGUUGCUGAGGAUGCAGCCUAUCCUUCAGAUUCAGUGUCCGGUUUAAUGUCCCUUUGUUAUUGUAACUGUGGACACAGUUAUAUCUUGAUGCACAGUCAGUAUAGCUUGAUGCAAGAUUAUUAUUAAGAGAAACAGGAACAUGAAAGUUGUUUAGGUUGCCAUCUUCCUAGUAGUGAAUCAUAUUGUGCACUGGACGUCAUCUCUGUUAUUUAGUGAGGUAGGAAGAUAAUGAAGAUAUUUUUGUAUCGGCCUUUGUGUUUGAAUACCACAUUAUGUUUUAUGUAUAAA